AUGGUGCUCAGGCCCACAACUGAAGCACUUCUGAGCACGGAUAUGACUGUCACAGCCUGGGAGACCAACCUCACAACAACCAAUGGAAGUGAUCAGGCCAUUUAUCAACGUUAUACAAAGUUAAUCCUGCACUUACUGACAGGCAUCGUGGCCCCGGUUGGGCUGGCAGGCAACGUGGUGGUGUUCUGGCUGCUGGGCUUCCGCAUGCGCAGGAACGCCUUCUCUGUCUACAUCCUCAACCUGGCGGGGGCCGACUUCCUCUUCCUCUGCUACAGAUUUAUACAUAGCAUACUUUUACUUUUCAACUUCAAGAUUUUUAGAGUAACGCACAGAUAUCUCUUUCUCGUGUUCAUCUCUGCUUACAUCUCAGGCCUGAGCUUUCUCAGCGCCAUCAGCACAGAGCGCUGCCUGUCUGUCCUGUGGCCCAUUUGGUACCGCUGCCGCCGCCCCAGACACAUGUCCACCGUCAUGUGUGCCCUGCUCUGGGCCCUGUCCCUGCUGCUGAGCAUGCUGGAAGGGAACUACUGUGACCCCCUGGGGAGGAAUAUGCAUUAUUUUUGGUGUUCAGUGUUGGAUUUCAUCACUGUGGCAUGGCUGAUUUUGUUGUUUGUGCUUCUCUCUGGGUCCACCCUGGCCCUGAUGACCAGAUUGCUGUGUGGCUCCCAUCGCUUGAGGCCCACCAGGCUCUACAUAACCAUUGGGAUCACAGUGCUGGUCUUCCUCCUCUGCUGCCUGCCCUUCAGCAUCUGCCUGUUCCUUACAGCCUGGUUACCAAAUAUAUCUAGUACCUUCUUUCGUCUUUACAUGAUGGUAGUUCUCCUGUCCUCUAUCAACAGCUGUGCCAACCCCAUCAUUUACUUCUUCGUUGGCUCCUUCAGGCAGCGAUGGUGGAAGCGGAGACACACCCUGAGGCUGGUUCUCCAGAGGGCACUGCAGGACACUCCUGAGGUGGAUGAACCUGGAGAAAGCCUUCCUGGGGAAACCCUGGCCAUGUCGGGAAGCAGUCUGGGGCAGGGAUGAGAGCCUCUGUCCUGAUCAGUCUGGAGUAACUUCCAGACUCACUGCUGCCCUGCCAGGCUUGGAAAGUAUCUAGUCUUCUCCAAGACUCAGCCCCAAAAUGCUUCAGUGAUUCCCCAAUCUCUUCAAAUAGGUUGUUUUUAAUCUGGCUCCUCUAGUUUUUCUCAUUAGUCUGAAAAUUAUGCCUUGCCA